GAACAGGAUUUUCCUAGCAUCCUUGAGGAUCUCGGUUCUCGAUAUAAAAGUCACGAUGAUGAGAGGAAAAAAAAGAGGAAGCAGGAGGAGGAUGGUAAAUAUAUGUGGAUCACAUCGAAAGAUAAGAACACCAAAAAGUCUGCCGAAGAGAAUGAAGUGCGAGAUGAUGAAACAGAGAUCAGUCAUCUAUUUGGAUCUGAACAAAUGCACAUACAUCGCUGUCUCAAAUGUGGGCAAGAAGCUACGAAACAUUCCAUCAUGUUACUUUGUAAUUUAGUUUAUCCGGAAAUAGUCAAUCCUUCUGAAGAGGUACCGUUUACAAGUGUUCUUGCCCGCAGUUUAAGACCUGAGAAAAUUACACCCGCAUGGUGUGAUAGUUGCCAGAAAUUUACACCUACUCUCCAGUCACGACAAUUGACUAAACUACCUCAAAUACUGGCCUUAAAUUGCGGCUUAGAUACUCAACAGGAUAAGGCGUUUUGGCAAAAUCAGAUGGACAUCGUAGUGCAAAAUGUGUUAACGGGAAAGGAGAGUAGUCCCAGCUCCAGUCCUGUGCCUGUUACUGCGAAACCCUGUCGAUAUGGCAAUAAUUGUACACGAGUUGGAUGUCGAUUCAGACACGUUGGUCGCGACUCAGAGACGGAGAAAUUAUUAACAUCGCCCUCUACUCCGUCUACCUCGUCUACAUCGACAGUGUCAGUUAUUUCACCCCCUAGUCAUUUGUAUUAUUCGCAUUCCUGGAUACCUCACAACAUAGAGAUCACUCUUGAAGAAAAUGGCAAGAUGUUGGUUAAAAAAGUUAGCGAACCAAAAAACGAAUUGACGAAUAACACGUCCGCACAAACGAGCGUGAUGGAGAACGGCCAAGAUGACAAAACAGUACGAACAGUUUCCGACAACAACGUCGAAGACAAUAAUGACGAAGAUUGUAACAACGUCGAAAAUUGUAAUAUAGUAUCGAACGCGGAAGUAGGCGAGGCGAAAAGUACAAAUUCAGAGAUAUCUAAUAAUACUCAAAAAAUACAAUACGGUCUCAGUGCUGUCGUCUGUUAUAUUGACGACAAGAAUAAUGAGGAACGGAGAAAUAUUGUAACGCUGUUGCGAGUUGGACCAAAUUAUCACGUACGAUCGUCGGGCAACCCUGUAUCGCAGUGGUACAUUUUCAACGAUUUCUGUAUAUCACCGGUAACUCCGCAAGAAGCAGUGUGGUUUAAUCUUGAUUGGAAAGUACCAUGUGUGCUCCAUUACACGGCGAUACCUGCACCCGAACCGGCAUCAUAUGUCAGUCCCCUGACAUAUGAUGUGUUUGGCGAAGAUAAAUGUAUUGCGCGCAGUGGCGGAACCAGAGGCAUUACAUUUACCCCUCUAGCCUCGGAUGAAAUGCCUAAGAAAGGAGAAUUGGUAGGGAUCGAUGCAGAGUUCGUUACUUUAAAUCAAGAAGAAUCCGAGUUGCGGAGCGAUGGAAAAAUGUCGACUAUAAAACCGAGCCAUAUGUCUGUAGCGCGAAUCACUUGUAUACGCGGGUAUGAAUUAUCAUUAAAUAGUCAUGUUUUAUAAAUGGAGAUUUUAAUCCGAUUAUAGAGAAGUACAUUUAAUGACGAUGUUUGCAAAGUUUUAAAUUGUAACCUUUUCCUCACC